UUUGUUGCCAAAAUUAUAGUCUCACAAUGGUCAGAAAAUAGCGGCCUUCUUAAACGGCAGGAAUACCAAAAAAAUUUUUUAAAAUUUCGAACAAGAAAAUCUUUCAUUAGGCUAAAAAUCUUUUCUUCAGUGUUUUAUGUUUAUUUCCCACUCAUUUCUCAGGUCAACCAACAUUCAUUCUAUUUAGGUCUUCCAUUCCUUUAUCAAAAUUUCUUUAUUCUCUCAAAGGGCACAAGAAUUAAGGCACAAUUAAAACAGAACAAUAAUUUUUUAAAAAUUUCAAACGGGAACAUGUCUUAAGCUUCAUUAAUUCUUCAUUGUUUAUAUGAUAAUUGGCAGCGACAAUUUUCAAGUUGCUAAUAAUUCAACAAUUUUGCCAUCUUCAUCUUCUGUUCAUUGUGAAAUUGUACAAGCACAAAUUGAAAGACAUUCACAAAAUGUUGGGGAUGAUUUGUCCCCUGGUUCUUUGGAAGAAGGGGAAGGGGAGAAUCAAGGAUCAAAACAAAUUGUUGAGGGAAAUGUUGGAGGAAAAAUACAGGAAGAAACCGACGAUAAACAUCAAAAACGGGAAACUAAAAGUAGUGGACCUUUACGCCUUUUUCGAGCAGUAACAGGACGUCGACAUGUUAAUACGGCACUUGUUAGGCUUUCACGUUCUCGUUCGCUCAGUCAUAAUCCAUCUGCUGAUGUUGAAUCUACCAGUAAUCCUAAUAAUAAUGAAAAUACAAGUGGACAAGAAGCUAUUAUUUUCUACUCUUUAAAAGGAAAUCGUAAUGCCAAAAAUAUGGAAGUAUCACUUCCCCAAUCAUUUAUAAUCCCAAAAACAACAGCAACAAUUUCUCCAUCAACUACUCGUUCUUCUUUAGCUCGUGUAGAUGAAGCUGGUGGUAUUCUACCUUCAACUACAAUGAAUGAAAAUUCUCGUGCAUUAACUGCCCCCGGUGAUUUUAGGCGUAAAAAAGGAGGAGGUGGUGGGGGAAGUAGUAGAAGUGGAGGGGGAAGAGGAGGAGGAAUGGGGGCAAUGGAAGGGGGAGGAAAACGGCAAAAAAGAAAUUUUAAAAAUCAGCAACAACAUUCUUUAAGUGAUGGGGAUAUUGUUGAACAACAAGGAGGAAAUGAUGAUUUUUUAAAUAAUGGAAAAAUUUUAAGAAAGCAAACAGCGGGGGAUGUACGGGUGGAAAUGCCGUAA